AUGGAUGAAAACAUGUCUCAGAAAAUUAUAAAGGAGAUGUACUUCAAGCUGUAUCAGGAUUUUGACGUGGACACAAGGUUAAAUAUUGAGGCUGUACCGUCGUACGCCAGAAACAUUUUGUCAAAGAUCAGCGAACGUACAAGGAGGAGCUAUGAUGGUUCAGCUAUUUACAUCCCCGAUGCCAUCGAGGGCGCCCGUGUGCUGGACAUUGGCUGUGGAGGUGGAAGUCUGUCUUUUGUUUUGUCCAAGCUCGUUGGUCCAGCUGGAUACGUCGUUGGCGUUGAUUUUUCUGAAGAAAGCAUCAAACUCUGCCAAGAAGAGACAGCCUACCACAUGAAAGAAUGGGGCUACAGUAAACCCAACUGUGAAUUUAUAUGCACCUAUGUUGAGAAGUUAUUGGAUUUUCAGCUUGAGCCCUUUGAUGUUAUUGUAGCAAACGGGCUGUUGUGUUUAAUUCCUGAUAAGGAAAACCUGUUACGCAAUAUAUUCAGUUUACUGAAGGAAGGUGGAGAAUUCUACAACAGUGACAUAUAUUCCGAUAUCAAGCAAUGUGAUGAAGUAAAAGAUAAUCCAAUGUACACUUGUAAGUGA